AUGAGUCUGCAAGCCUUGCCUGCAGGAAAAAUGGAUGUGCAUGGAGUCAGCAUGAAUGCCAAAUCUAUAGAGGGGAGACUCUUCUUUGCCUUCUUCCAGUGGAAAAAGCUGGUGAUCUGGCUCUGUGUAGAAAAUCAAGUCAUCUUGGAUGUCUUUGGGGGUGUGGAGAGCAGAAAAGCAUCUAAAAGGUCUGAUGGCUGCAGGGGCUCGGGAGGUGCUGUCACGGGGGAGAGGUCCUGUGGGCUGCACAGUGGGGUGGUCCUGGCUGCGGUGCUGCGGCCGUGCAGCUGCUGCGCCUGUGUCAGCCUCUCCAUUGCCUUCUGCAGUGGUCAGGAGCUGGGAGACAGGACAACAUGGUCACAACAUCUUGGUGCUUGCCAGAGAUGCUUUGUGUGGAGAAAGCCUUUUCUUGGAAGGUUUGGAUCUCACUGGAAGCCUUUCCUGACCAGCAAAUCCUUAUACUCGCUCAUGGGCAGACCUUUUAGGAGAGACCUUGAAAAAGUUCUGUGGUUCCAUAACCUGCCUUUCAGGCUGCAGAGCUCAGUUCUCUCUGCUUUUACCACAUUGCAGUUUCUUCCACAGCAGGAGUUGCCUGGAUCCUUUGCCUGCUUAUGGUGCCAAAGGUGCAUUGUGGUCGGCAACGGUUACUCCAUCCAUGGCCAACGCUUUGGGAAAAUGAUUGACUCUUACCACGUUAUCAUAAGAUUAAAUGAUGCUCCAGUAAAAGAGCACAAGAAAGAUGUGGGCGAGAGAACCAGCACUCGUCUCUUCUUCCCUGAAUCAGCUCUGCCCAACCCUCUGGAAAAUAACAACAAUGAUGAACUGAUGGUAUUUGUCCCAUUCAAGCCCUUGGAUUUCUCCUGGCUGAGGGAAGUAUUGCUGAAAACAAGGAAAAAGUGAGAUGUGGGGUUUUGGCGCCAGCCCCCCUGCGAGUCCAACGGGAACGUCUCUCAGCUCUGUACUCUCAACCCAUAUGUCACCUAUGAAGCGAUGUACAAACUGCUGCAGCUGAACGCAUCAAGUAGGAGAUAUGCCACCACAGGAAUCACUGCUUUGAACUUAGCCCUCCAUAUGUGCCAAGAGGUCAAUAUUGCAGGCUUUGGAUACCCUUGCAACCAUGACAAUACUACACCAAUACAUUAUUACAAUAUGGAUCGCUCACUGAAAAAAGAGCUCUGUCAGCACAAUAUUGCUGCUGAGAGGAGCUGGCUGCUGAAAAUGAUCGAGUGGGGGAUGAUUGCUGACAUAGCCAGCCCUUCCUUCCAGGCCCAGAACUGCUGA